AUGGCAAUCGAAUGGAAGUACAAAACAGACGAUCUCGUUUGGGCAAAAACGAAUGGUUUUCCCCCGUGGCCCGGCCGCGUAAGUGAACCCCCUUCGCUUAGAACAUGCUCGAAGAAAAAUAAUUCUAGAUACAUAUUUUUUUUCGGAUGUAAAAAUUACGCGUGGAUUGAAACUGGUUGUUUAAAACCAUAUUUGCCAUACAAGAAUUUAUUAACAGAUAAUGGUAAGACACAACAUUUCAAGGAAGCUUGUAGAGAUAUUGAAGAUUUUAUCAAAACCGGAAGUGGUAAAAAAAAUAAUAGAGUGCCUGUAACUGAAACUCUUGUUAGAAAUAAAACACCGAAAGUGGUUAAAGAAUUAUCGGCAUUCAAUACUCCAUGUUGCAGUUCUACAGUUAAUUCUACGUCUGGUUCAAUAGCUAAAAAACGUAAGAACAAGUCAUUGUUCGGCAAAUCGUUGGCUUCAAACUCAGAUGAGGCAAAGAGUAAACCAAAAAAAUCGCGUGUCAAUUUGUCUACUGACAAUGUAGACGUAUUUAUAAAUAUUGAAAUAAAAAACAAUUAUUCGAAUCCACAAGGAAAAAAUAAUAAUUUAUUAAAUAGUCCUGAAGUUAUAGCGGCAGAGAGUACGUCAAAAGACGUAUCAAAGGUUUCCAAAUAUUUAUCGAACAAAAAUAUGGCUAUGAAAUUUGGAUUCAUUGGCUUGGGGAACAUUGGAACUGAAAUUGUUAAAAACCUAUUGAAAUCGGGACAUACGGUUAUUGUAUGGAAUCGAAGUCCGGAAAAGUGUCAACAGUUUUUGGAAAUCGGCGCUACAGCCGGAAUUACUCCAUCUGACGUAGUUAUAGGUUCAGAUAUAAUAUUUUCUUGUGUUUCUAACCCAAGAGUUGUUAAAGAUAUAAUAUUUGGAAAUGACGGAAUACUUUCUAAUUUGGGAACAGGAAAAUCAUUUGUGGAAAUGAGUGGUGUCGAUCCAGAAACAUCUCAGGACAUCGGUGAUGCUAUUUCGAGCAUAGGUGGUCGUUAUAUGGAAGCCGUGAUUCAAGGAAGUAAGACCGAGGCGGGACGAGGGAGUUUAGUUUGCAUGGCGGCUGGAGAUAAAGGAUUAUUCGAUGACUGUCAAUCAGUGUUUGGCGCGAUCGCUAAAAAAUCACUUUAUUUAGGCGAGAUUGGGUCAGCCACCAAGAUGAAUUUGAUUUUGCAUACAAUCAAAUCCGUAUUUAUUGCAGGAUUAGCAGAAGGUGUGGCUUUAGCCGAUAGAGCAGGUAUAUCGUCAAAAUGUAUGAUAGAUAUUCUAGCGAGAACGUCGUUAAAGUGUCCAUUAUUACUGGAAAAAGAAAAAGCGACGGUUGAUAAAAAUUUCCUACCACAUCAAGCUUUAAACCACUCACAAAAAGAUUUGAGUUUAUCGUUAAAUUUGGCAGAAGAUUCAGAACAGUCUUGUCCAGUUUCAGCCACUGUUAACGAAGUCUUAAAAAAUGCAAAACGUCUAGGAUUCAGUGACCUCGACACCAGUUAA